AGAACACAAUGAGCUUCGCCAGUGGAUGUACGCCGGUCUCAUUCGACAAGCUUUUCGAAGUUUCCAGUGGAGACAAAGUUAGCAGAGAAAAUUGGGGAAUGAUUGCUCGUCCUGAACCUCAACACGAUUCUCUUAAGCGACGAAAUACGACAUCAUCAAUCGCAAAAAAGAAGGCAAAAAUGACACGUGGCGAUGAGCAAAUCACUGACGAGACGGCGAGAAAAGCAGCAACACAACUUCUCGAUCAAAUUCAAGAUACUCCCGGCAGAAUUUCUUUAAACUUUGAAACUCCCGAAGCUGCAAGCGUGUGUCCGAUCCCAACGAGUUUGAAUCAGAUUGUUAACACGAAAUGGACAGUAAAUCAACUUCAAGAAGGACAGUUGACAAUGCUCUUAGCUCAAGACGCCAAUAAGUUCAAGUCCUUGGGUGUCAAGAAUAUUAAGAAGGGAAGCGUCGAGACGCAGAUUCUUCCUCGACAGAUGGACGUGAAGGAAAUAGUGGAAAAGCUGAAGAAACAGGACAAUGACAGUGAUCAGUUUGUUGGCUACGCGGCCGCAGUCGCCAAUGUUCUUAGAAGAUGCGAUGCUGAAACAGCACAAAAAAUCACACAAGCGAUCACGGCUACAAUCGAGAAAGAGGCUCCAAGUAUUGUUAAUUGUUAAUAUAUCAUUAAUUGUAAUAAAUAUAUUAUU